UGGAGGGUAGCGCCAAUUCCCGUCAGUGACGCAGAUUCCGACUCGGAAGAAAAACACAAACAAUCUCGCACAGAGGGCUACUGCCGCUGAUCAUAGCCACACGGAAUCUUUAUUUUCAUUCUACUUUCAAUUAGAAAUCAUCUCAACAUGGCCAACUCUGCUUCCUCCACCAAUGGCUUUGUGGUGCUCACUCGUGUGUUCCACCAACGAGGAGCCCAACAUUUCACUUCACUCCAGAGUGGAGUCGUUUCAACUCCGCCCUCUUUUCUUGGGAAAUUCCUUAAAGGGGAACCAACUGCCAUGGGGAUCUGGCCACAAUAUAGUGGAAAGUAUCACCUUGUGUGCCAUAUCCAACUCAAUGUCUCUGCAUGCCCCUUCCAGUGCUUGCAAAAGAGGCAUGCAGACGGUUCAAAUAAUGAUUGGUGUGGUUGUAUUUUUGUUUGGUAUCGUGACGGCAUUUUAUGCAUCAACAGUAUCCAGUCACACUGGUAUCAUGUUCUGGGGAGCCAUCAUUUAUAUCAUUGCUGGUUCUCUUACUGUUAGAGCUGUAAAGAUGCUCAAUCCUUGUUUGGUGAAAGCAUCACUUGGGAUGAACAUCUUCAGCACAAUAACUGCAGGACUUGCUAUAAUUCUGCAUAGCUUUGAUUUUCUUGUCCCAAUGUACCCUUAUUCAUACGAUUGUUAUGGAGAUGAUUAUUAUGACAAUUGCUAUAUGAAGAACGCAUACAAGACCAGGACAUUAGGGAUUGCUGGAGUGACGCUGGUGUUGUCAGUGCUGGAGUUCAUUGUUUCCAUCUGUGUAUCUGCAUUUGCCUGCAAAGCCACCUGUACUACUACUGGGGUGAUGUACAUUUCAAACCAGGUGCCACCCUUUGUCUCCACCUCCCACUUCUCUGCACCUCCCCUGAAUACUUCAGAGAUGCCUCCCUUCCAAAGCAGUGUGGUGCCUCCUGCUUAUCAUAGCAGUGUUGAUGGCCUGAAGGUGGGUAGAUCUGAAGAUCUGCCCCCCGAAUACACCCCUACCCAAGAAUAAGACCUAUGAUGACACAAACAGAUACAGGGGGAGCUUUAUGUUUAAAACUAAUUGUGACCUUGCAGAUUGUUUUUAUGCUUUCAUCAUAUUCGUGAAGUGUGCAUGUGUAUAUAAAGCCAUUUCUGGAUAUUCACUAUCAAAUGUAUCUAUCCAAUUUAAACAGUAGCUAACCAGCAUAUACUCCAAGUGGCUGCAUUCCUUAAAAAAUACUUGUCAGUUCUCAGUAUGACCAAACAAAGAUCUCAGGAUGACUUGUUUUGUAUGCCUAUAGCUUUGAUAUAAGGUCCUAGAUUCAGGAAAAAAAAGUGCAAGAGGAGUGAUAUUGAUUGUGUUAUAAAGUUGUCUUUUGCACCCACAUGGUUUCAUUCAGUAUUUUGAAAAUAUGUUGAAACAUAUGAACAUGAAUGUAUUAAGGAUCAAACAAGGUGUGGUUGUGUUUUUUGUCAUUUUCAUGGGACUGAAAUGGUAUAUGGGGUAGCUGGUAGGAACUUGAAAAUCUGUGUGGGAAUAGCUCAAUGUGUGAUCAUUUAGUGUACAAAGUUACCAAUGUUCUACAUAGGAGCCAUUGUAAAUUCUGUUCCAAUCCAGCCAUGCACGCUCUUACGUUGACUUGUAUUUCAUUUCAUACAGUGCCAGCGCCACACAUGGUACAACGUGGUAUUACAACAGAGCCUGUAUUUACUGUGUGAUACUGUAGGUGAUGGGAAACUGAAACUUUUUGUUUUUUUAAGACUGACCUGACUCAGUUUGGAAUUGUGGUAUCAGUGUGUACUGUUGAUUCACCACUGUCCUCUCUGAGAAAUUGUGAGAACCAACCUUUUAGAGAAGAAUCUUUUAUCUCUAUAACUAAAGGCUGUAUAUGUGAUUUUAAAGCAUCAUGUCAGGAUUUCCUGGUAAAAACUCACAUUGGUUGGAAACCCAGCUACACAGCUACUGACUGAAAACAUUGGCCAUAAAAAUGUUGUUGGGGUCAUCAUAACGAUUCAUAAUCCAAAAACAAAAGGGCCCCAGAAUGUACUGUAAUGUAACGUGUAAAACUGUUCUCUGUUCUGCAACUAGCAAUGAUCACUGUAACGUGAUGUGUUGUCUUAAGUAAAUAUCGACCAACACGCA